AUGGUCCGUGAAAAACUGACUAGUGCUCUUCUCCAACCUGGAACCCUUCAGACACAUUGCAGUACAACCACCAUCAUCCCUGGUCAGAGUGAGUGCUGGGCUGAAUGUGAGAUAACCAAAGACAGAAACGGCCCUCCCUCGCUCUUCUCGCUCUCCGGUCGGGAUGGGUCUCCGUCGUGGCUCUUCUCCUCCUCAUUCUCCUUCUUCUCUUUUCCUCCUCUUCUUCUCUUCCUUCUUCUCCUUCUCCUCCUCCUCCUCCUGCUGCUCCUUUUCUUCUCCUCAUUCUCCUUCUUCUCUUCCUUCUCCUCCUUCUCCUCCUCCUCUUUUUCCUCCUCCAUUUCUUCUCCUCAUUCUCCUUCUUCUCUUCUUUCUCCUCCUCCUCAUUUUCUUCUCCUUCUCAUUCUCUUUCUUCUCUUCCUUCUCCUUCUCUUCCUCCUCCUUCUCUUCCUUCUCCUCCUUCUCCUCCUCUUUUUCCCCCUCCUCGUCACUCUCCUUCUUCUCUUCCUUCUCCUCCUCCUUUUCUCCUCCUCCUUUCUCCUUCUUCUCUUCCUUCUCCUCUUUUUCCUCCUCCUUUUCUUCUCCUCCUCAUUCUCCUUCUUCUCUUCCUUCUCUUCCUUCUCCUCUUUUUCCUCCUCCUUUUCUUCUCCUCAUUCUCUUUCUUCUCUUCCUUCUCCUCUUUUUCCUCCUCCUUUUCUUCUCCUCCUCAUUCUCCUUCUUCUCUUCCUUCUCUUCCUUCUCCUCUUUUUCCUCCUCCUUUUCUUCUCCUCAUUCUCUUUCUUCUCUUCCUUCUCCUCUUUUUCCUCCUCCUUUUCUUCUCCUCCUCAUUCUCCUUCUUCUCUUCCUUCUCUUCCUUCUCCUCUUUUUCCUCCUCCAUUUCUUCUCCUCAUUCUCCUCCUUCUCUUCCUUCUCCUCUUUUUCCUCCUUUUCUUCUCCUCAUUCUCCUUCUUCUCUUCCUUGUCCUUCUCUUCCUUCUCCUCCUUCUCUUUCUCCUCUUUCUCUCUCUCUCUCUCUCUGCCUGCCUCUUCCUCUUCCCUCUCUCCUUCCCUCCCUCCUUCUUUCCCUAGGACCCCACCUCGAAAAGGGGGGGGGGCAUUGGGGGCCUGGGAGCAGCAGCCCUGAAGCGGGGACCCCCCCUCCCUUCCCCUCCCUCGCCUCCUCAGCUCCACUCCAGGCUCACUCCUUCUCCUGCCUCUUCCUUGGGGUCUGGGCCACAAACUCUUGUCCAUCGAGAGCCACCUCAGCCUUAUGGUUGCCCCCAAAGGGGCUUGAAUCCAUGGACCCCCCCCCUCCCCGCAAUACAGCGUUUUUGCCACAUUGUGGUCGCAGCUCUUCUCCCUCUCUUAUAGUUUUCCUUCAACCUUUCUUCCUUUCUUUUUCUUGCAUAUCUUCCCUCUCUUAUUUCUUUCCUCCCUUCUUUUCUUCCUCUCUUCUUUCCUUCUUUCCUCCCCCUCGCGUUUCUCCCUUUUCUUCCCUCCUUCCUUUCGUAUUUCUUUCCUUCCUCCCUUCCUCUGGUAUUUCUUUCCUCCCUCCUUCCUCCCUCUCUCAUUUCUUUCCUUCAAUCUUCUUUCCUUCCUUCUUCUGGUAUUUCUUUCCUCUCUUUUUUUCCUUCUUCCCUCCCUUCCUUCCUUUCUCCCGUAUUUCUUUCUUUCUUUCCUUCUUUCCCUCCUUCUUUUCCCUUUUCCUCCAUCUCUUAUUCUUCCUUUUUUUCUUCCAUCCCUCCUUUGAUUUCUUUCCUCCCUUCUUUUCUUCCUUUUUCCUUUCCUUCCUUCCACUAGCAUUUCUUUCCUCCCUUCUUUUCUUCCUUUUUCCUUUCUUUCUUUCCACUAGUAUUUCUUUCCUCCCUUCUUUUCUUCCUUUUUCCUUUCCUUCCUUCCA